AUGUUUUGUGUCUCCAAUACACAAAACAGCUGACGCCGCCAGUUUUUACAAAAACCAAAAUGAUUAUUUAUGGCGUCUAUAUAGUGAGCAAGUCCGGAGGCCUUAUAUUUAAUCUGGACAACAACGUGCCACGAAUAGAGCACGAAAAGACAUUCACAUACCCGCUGGACCUGGUGCUCGACUACGAUCCCAAGAAAGUCUCCGUCGCAUUUAAUCGCAAGGACGGCAUCAACGUCGGACAUGUGCUCGUCGCCGUCAACGGACUGCCUGUCAAUGGUGGCACAAUAGAGGAUGGGCGCGACGUGAAAGCGACUCUCGAGUCGGCUGACAACUUUCCCAUAAAUCUGAAAUUCAGUCGACCCAAAAUGACAACAAAUGAGAAAAUUUUCCUUGCGAGCAUGUUCUAUCCACUGUUUGCCAUUGCCAGCCAACUAAGUCCCGAACCAAAGAGCUCCGGCAUCGAACUGCUGGAGGCGGACACCUUCACGUUGCAUUGUUUUCAAACGCUCACUGGAGUUAAGUUCAUUGUGAUCUCUGAGACGGGGCUGAAUGGCAUGGAUCUGUUGCUAAGGAAAGUUUACGAGCUGUAUUCGGAUUAUGUGCUCAAGAAUCCCUUCUAUUCCCUGGAGAUGCCCAUACGCUGUGAACUCUUUGAUAAUAAGCUGCAGGAGCUGCUGUUACAGGUGGAGAAGACGGGCAUAAACAAUAUUGAUAAAUAAAAAUUGUAAUUAAUUGUUAA